GGGCGGGAUAAUGUGGAUUCCCCGCCUCGCGGGCGGCACGUCCAUCAUCGUUACUAACUGAGCUGAGCACACUCAUUCUACCAUUGCGUGGACCAAGAAGGUUCCAGAGAAAGCUUCUCCCCGGAGAUCUGCUAUCCUCCGUCUGGUCGGCUGCAUCGCUCAGCACUUCCCAGAUCUAAUCUGUCUUUACCGUUGUGUCGUGUUACAUUCUUUGGAUCACGACCCAACAUCUCCAGGCUCUCCGCUGUCAACCCUUCACUGCGUCGGUGGACGACUAGCGUUGUGUUUAUGUCUUUAUUUUACGAAAACGAGCUGUUGCGCAGCUGUUGGAACGCGAGCGGGGGAAACCUAGUCCACAAGCAAGGAGUUUGCAGCCACUGUGGCAAGAUCUUUUUCAUGUCAGAGACCGAGCACACUUGCAGUUGUUUAUGUCAUCCCCUCUUCUCCAGACAGAAGAUUCCCAGAAAAUCCCAUUCAAGAUCUUUUUAUCUUGCUGAUAGCGCUUCUGAUCACUCAAAAUGUCUGUCAACGUCAACCGCAAUGUGUCGGACCAGUUCUACCGCUACAAGAUGCCCCGUUUGAUUGCCAAGGUGGAAGGCAAAGGGAAUGGAAUCAAGACGGUCAUUGUCAACAUGGUUGAUGUUGCAAAGGCACUGAACAGGCCACCAACCUACCCAACUAAGUAUUUCGGCUGCGAGUUGGGGGCGCAGACUCAGUUUGAAGCAAAGAAUGACCGCUUCAUCGUAAACGGAUCCCAUGAAGCCAACAAACUUCAGGACAUGCUGGAUGUAUUCAUCCACAAGUUUGUGCUGUGCUCCGAGUGUGACAAUCCAGAGACUGAACUGCAUGUUAACCCAAAGAAGCAGACCAUCGGAAGUGCCUGCAAGGCGUGUGGAUAUCGGGGAAUGCUGGACACUCGGCACAAACUCUGCACAUUCAUUCUUAAAAACCCACCUGAGAGUGAUAGCAGCUGUGUGAAAGAGAAAAAGGAGAAAGACAAGAAAAACCGAAAGAAGGACAAGGAGAAUGGCUCUGGAAGUGGUGAGGCUGGGAACCAUAAUGACAUAGAUGCGCCAGAUGCUGUGGACGGUGAGGAAGAUGACGAUGACUGGGCAGAGGAAACCACAGAGGAGGCCCAGCGUCGCCGCAUGGAAGAGAUCAGCGAACACGCUAAGAACCUGACCCUCAGCGAGGAUCUGGAGAAAACCCUAGAGGAAAGGGUCAACCUGUUCUACAGCUUUGUCAAACAAAAGAAGGAAAGUGGCACAAUAGACUCUGCCGAUAAGGAGAUUCUGGCUGAAGCUGAACGGUUGGAUGUGAGAGCCAUGGGGCCGCUUAUCUUAAGCGAACUGCUCUUCAAUGAGAACAUCAGAGAUCAGAUAAAAAAAUACAAGCGACACUUCCUACGGUUCUGCCACAAUGAUAAGAAGGCUCAGAAGUAUCUGCUGGGAGGCUUUGAGUGUCUGGUGAAGCUUCAUCAAAGUCAGCUGCUGCCACGAGUUCCCAUCAUUCUCAAGGUCCUCUAUGAUUCCGACCUACUGGAUGAAGAUGUCAUCCUCACAUGGGCAGAGAAGGUAUCCAAAAAGUAUGUUUCAAAGGAGUUGGCUAAGGAGAUCCAUGCCAAGGCAGCUCCCUUUGUCAAGUGGCUGAAGGAGGCAGAGGAGGAGAGUGAAGGGAGUGAGGAAGAAGAGGAGGAGGAAGAUGAUGAAAAUGUUGAGGUUGUGUACUCUUCCUCAGCACGAGAGCUGAAGGUGGAGACCGUUAAGCCCCAGAAAGCAGAAGAGGAUGACGACCUUGACAUAGAUGCCAUUUAAAGAAAUGACACUGCAGCAGCCAUCUUGGAACCUUGCUACUUCCUGUUCUGUUGAACAUAACUUUCACUGUUGACACAGUGGCCUCCUGUUAAACUCCAGUCUUGUUUUUUUCCCUCCCAUUUCUUUUUAGUUGUACUUGCUUUACAAGAAUGAUUUUAAUAUAGCUCUUUAAUUGACUUGCUGCUGAUGUAUUAACAACUUUUGAGCUUUACUGUCUGUAUUGAGCAUUUUGUUGUAUUGUGAGUUUGGACUUGAUGCUUAACUUUCAUGGGUUUGCUUAUACUGCACAACUGAUUUUGUUUCUUGAAAUCAUUAAUAAAGUUUUUGCUAUACAUCAAAUGGAGAACUUCAAA